AUGAUAAGCCGUAAAAAACGAACGCAUAUCUAUCUAUCUAUCUAUCUAUCUAUCUAUCUAUCUAUCUAUCUAUCUAUCUAUCUAUCUAUCUAUCACAUUUCUUAUGUUCUCGGUCUAUCUGUCUAUAAAAAUUCCAUACGUCAUAAUCUGUCGUUGAAUAAGUGUUUCCAGAAAGUUCCACGACGAAAAGACGAGCCGGGGAAAGGUGGCUUCUGGAAGGUGAAUCCGGAGUACAUUGAUCAAAUCGAGAACGGAAUCUUGAAGAAGAGGAAGCACAACGACAACAAUGGCGGCGCUUAUACACCGGCGAAACGCAACCUGCCCGACAACGGUCGCCAUUCGGACGGCUCAAGUCCGCCGUCCGGCCCGGACUGGGAAGGCAACAAGGCUGCUGAGAUGCUGUCAAACGUGGUUCACCUCCCACAGAACGACGACAUUGCCAACGAACUUAACCUGAACUUCCUCUUCGACCAGGACAUCAUGGUGGGUGAUGUAAAAGUCAAGACGGAAACUAUCAUUGACGAAGAGGUGAAUUACGGAUCGCUAAUGGCACUCAGUCCACCACAGUCGGAUGGAUCUAAUUCGGAUGAUAUUAGCAUGGACAAUUUCUUCUGUAGUAAUAUAAUAAAUCGGCCGGAAGGUCCGACGACCAAUAACCCGCUGGAUUUGACCGUUAAGGGAACUGGUAUGAAACCUUGGUGGAACAAUACUGAUAUAUGUGGCAGCAGUCUUAAUUUGAGCGCCGAGACGAGGGAUCUUUUGAAUGCGACCAUGUUCGGAAUGGCUGAAGGCUCCGAUGGGCUCAAUACUCCGGAGUCGAACUCGCCUAUACCAGAAAGUCAGCAUCCUUGGGCCGAAAAGCCAUUAUGUCAAUAUCUAUCUAUCUAUCUAUCUAUCUAUCUAUCUAUCUAUCUAUCUAUCUAUCUAUCUAUCUAUCUGUCUGUCUGCUUCAGACCGGUCAUAUCUAUCUCCGAAGCGGAGCAGAAAUGGACACUCGCGUGUUUAUCUAUCUAUCUAUCUAUCUAUCUAUCUAUCUAUCUAUCUAUCUAUCUAUCUCACAUACUCUUUUUAGUUUUCCAUAUCUUUCCCAUUAUUUCCUCUUUUGUUUCACUCAUCCUUCUUGUAUUCUCUCUCUCACUACCUCUCACUCCUACCCCCUCUCAGCACCUCUCUCUCAUCUCUCCAUCUCUCUCAUAUCUUCCGCUCUGUCUCUCUCUCCUUCUCUCCCUCUGUCUUCACCAUGUUUUCAUCCUCCUCUUUUUGUACCGGUUCUUAUUUAUUCGUUUUUCAUUCGCCUUUUUUAUUUCUUCUUUUUCAUUUACUUCUAUUAUUCUUUUCUUUUUUUUGCUUUCUUCAGUUCACCUUCUACUCUCUAUGCUCCCGUCUCAUAAUCUUCCUUUUUCCAGGGUCCACGGAGCACUUCCUGCCUAUAAUUCCAGUCUCCCUGAGUGA